AUGAGUUCGGGAGCAUUUCGCGGCACAGCUUGCGGUCCAGGUCUCAUUGAUCCGACGGUGUCACGGGCUGUGGUUGCGGAGCUGUCGGAGAUGAUGGAUCAGAGCUGCUGGUCGCAGCUGCCCCCCGAGCUCCUGCGAGAGAUGCUGGUGAGGAUCGAGGCAUCGAAGAGCUGGUGGCCAGCCUGCAAGGACGUGGUGUCAUGCGCUGGCGUCUGCCAGGCCUGCAGGAGCAUCGUGAAGGAGGCCGUGCGCGUAUCAGAGGUGUCAGGGAAGCUCAUGUUCCCCAUCUCGCUUAAGCAGAUUCCAUUGAUGCAGCGGAUGCAAGGGAUGUUUGGCAAUCUGGUUCCCUACCCUUUUCAGGGAUAUGUGCUCCAGAAUAGACCGUGCGCAUUUGGCUUCAGAAAGCAAAGAUUGAAGAAGAGAUUCUUUGAUACUCCACAAAGCUACGUUGCCCUUUAG